AUGAUAUUUUCCCGGGCUAUUGUUCCACUGGCGCUCCAGCUACCGAUCCUUGCUGUCGCCGGGGAAUUAACAGAGCACAUCUGGGCAGUUUUUGCCUUCAAUGUCUAUGGUGAUAGCACUCCAACAGUUCUCCCUCAGACUAGAACCUUGACAUCGUUGGGAGCACACAGCCUGUACGAUGUUGGCGCUGCUUUCCGCGAUCGCUAUGUGCUGGGAUCAUCCAAUGAAAUGGGGAUGGACACCUGGAUCCGGGGCAUCUCCCCUUACCGACUGGUGACAGAGGAAGUGAACAUAUAUUCCACCACAGAUCAGCACAUUGCAGCUUCGGCACUCGCCUUCAUGCAGGGACUUUACCCUCCUCUGGAAUCCGCAAAUGGUACCUAUUUGGACGACACCUAUCUUUUGGCGGAUGGGCAAGUCGUGGAUUCUCCGCUGAAAUACUACCAGUAUCCUCGGAUAUAUACCACUGGCUUGACCGACUCAAACUCCAUUUCCGUAGCUGGGCAUGCCGACUGCUUCAUGCACCGGAUUUCCGAACUGCAGUAUCAGAGCAGCCCUGAAUUUCAGCAAGUCAACUCCGAGUCGAUGGAAUUCUAUGCCUCUCUGUAUGACAUCGCGCUGGCCGGAGUGUUCGACGAGUCUACGGUGGGCUAUGCGAAUGCUUAUUCUAUCUUCGAAUACCUGCAAUACGGAUACGUACACAAUUCAACAGUGCAGGCUCUUGUGUCUCUCUCUGACCUCAACCGCGCGAAACUGCUUGCGGACCAGUAUGUCUUUGCGACUCAUGGCAACCUCUCCGCUUCAGGUCUUUACGAGAAUGAUCACAUUCGCGCAAUCGCCGGAAGGGCAUUAUCACGGCUUAUUCUGCAAUCUUUUGAGGCCAACAUUGAAACGCAUGGCGCUAGCCAGAAGAUGACGUUGGUUUUUGGUAGCUUUCAGCCUGUCGUUGCCUUUGCCGCUCUGGCCGAAUUGGCACAUCCAAAGAAUCGAAACUUCUACGGGCUUCCGGUCCCAGGCGCAUCUCUCGUGUUGGAACUGUACAGCUUGGACGACUCGUCCAGCGACCAAUAUCCAGACGUUUCAAAUCUCUUUGUUCGAUUCCUUUUUCGAAACAGCACCUAUCCAUCUACAAGAUUCACAUAUUACCCCCUCUUCGGUCAUGGCCCGAGUCAGAUUGCCAUUCCGUUUAGAGAAUUCCAGUCACAAAUGCAACAAUUCUCGCUUUCGUCUACUGAAGAGUGGUGCAACAUUUGCAACAGCUCUACGAUAUUCUGCGACGGCGUGGUCAGCAGAGAAAACGAUCAUCCUACGUCCCGCGAUAAAGCAUUGAGCCUUGCUGGCGCUGGUGCCAUUGGCGCCUGUGUCACUUUGGCUACUUUAGCUGCCAUUGCUGGUAUUGCAUGGCUCUGUGGCCUCCGAGUCCACCGCAGGCGUAAACCUGGCAUUGGAGGUUUCAAGGGAAGUGACAAGAUGGCUAGUGACCACGAUGUCAGCUUUAAAAGCUCUACAGGAGUUGUGUCCGGAGGGACAGAUGGAGACGGGAAAAAUGGGAUUGCUAUCAAAGGCCACGAGCAGACAGGCAGCUGGGAAAUGGAACAGCAAAAACGGAAUGACAGUAAAGGAUAUGCUGCAUCGCACCUGGAUGACCAUGCAGAUGACGUUUUGCAGGUGAAUCCUUAUGCAGAACCAGUGACGGUUCAUGAAAGCGUUUGA